AUGGAAGAGCCUUCAAACGAGCACGAGUACUUCGAAUCAAUCCAAAUUGAGCAACGCCCCAUGCCAGACGUGCUAGAAGUCGAAGUUACAACCUCCGAAGGAGCCAUCAAAGUAGUCACUGUCGAAGUUAUUAAAGCAUCAGGCCAAAAACCUUACCUAGGCGGUUAUCGCAACAGCACGACCCGUCUAAAUUAUUACCAUUCCGCCACCAACACUGACCAGCCACGGCGCGAAUACAAAGAAAAAUUCCAUCGAGAAGUCCAAGUUUUCCAAUACCGAACUCGCUCAACCAUCAUGAAAAAAGAAUUCGGGACUCAAAUGGAAAAACCAGGACUUGUCUCUAUAGACCCAAGAAGAGACGUCGAAGUUGAGCCAGGCGAGUAUUUUACAAGUGAAAUGUGGGAAGAAGUCAGAGAAAAAGCUGCACUUUAUAUACAAUGCUGCACUAGAAGAUGGUUUGCAUAUAAAAGGAGAAGAGAACUGAAGAGGAUUAGGGAUUCUAAUGAUAGGAAAAUUAUAGAAAAACAAGAAGAAUUGAGGAGGGAAGAAGAAGCGAAACAUAAGACCGAAAUUGAGAGGAGAAUGCAUCCUAAGUCAACUGAUGAUUUUGAAAUAUUGUAUAAGGAGCUGGAAAUGUGGAGGCUUAAAGAGACAGAAAGGAUUAAAACUAGCAAUUUGUUGUUAGAAGAAGAAAAAAAGAAAGCGCUAGAGCAGCUGCUGCAUAAGGAAACCAAGCUGCUACAAACAAUAGACAGACUUAAAAUUAUGCUUUUUUAUAGUAAAAUAUUUUUUUUUUUUUUUUAAAAAUAAAAAAAAUAUAAUUCAAUUCAAUUCCAUAUACAGCAGGCUACCAAAAUAAAGAAGAAAAAAUCGCGAAAUUCUUAAAAGCAAUGUCAGACCCUAAGAAAUGGAGAUUAAGUGACGGAAGAUUCACUGACGCCCAUACCCCUUGGACGACCAGAGCUAAAGAACUUAUGGAGCUUUAUAAUGGGCUUAAAAUGAAACAUUUGUCAAUUGAUGAAAGACUGGACGUACUUUUACACACAAAAUGGACUGUAAAAGAGUUUGACUGUAAUUUAACAAGAGAAAUUGUAGAUUUAAUUGAUAGAGAAGCAGAUAUGCUUAAUAGAGGGAGGAGCGAAGGAAGUUUGGAAGGGCUCAGAAAGAGGCUGGCGAAUUUAUUCCUUCAGUUUGUGGAAACACCUGACUUUAACCCUGAGGCAGCAAGAUUCCAGAAAGUGCCGAAGGAGCUGCUACAAAAUGCAAUGGAAUUGGAGCUAAGUAACUAA